GGUUGAAUGAGCGCAGCGGGCACGGUCUGACUUCCUGACAUCCGGGUCUUGGAGAGACCGGGCCCGGGUAUAAGGGGCGGGGCUUCAGUUGGGGAGAGGCGAGAAUCCCAGGUCCUGCUCGAGGCAAGGUCCUCAGAGGGGAGGGACCAGGUCGUGCCAGCGGAAGGGUGAGCACUACAAGGGAGCCCUGAGGGGACCUCCCACCACACAACUGGGGAGACCUCACAGAGUCCACCCAUCGUAUUGUCACGGAAGGCUCAGGGCUGUGCCACAGGAUACCCCCGAGGUGCCCCCUCCCUUUCUCUCACAGGAGCUCCAGGAACCAGGAGGCGAAAGCAGAGGACUGGCACUCGUGUCCUGAGGGCAGAGAGCAGAGUCCAGGCAGUACCAGGAGUCAAGGCAUCCCGCUCGUGGUCGAGAUGAGUGAGCUGAGCAAGCCCGAGGAAGAUCACCUUCAGGACCCAGGCGAGGCCCAGGGCCCGGAGGAGGCGCAGCUCUUGGGGGCUGAGGCGGGGGAGGCUGCAUCUGCCUCGGCCUCUUCCCCCAAAGUGUCCUCCUCAGCCACUGGGGAGUCCUUGUCCCAGGAAGCUCUGAAGCAGAUGAUAACUAGGCUGAUGAAGUUCCUGCUCUUCAAGUAUCGAGCCAAGCAGCUGACCUCCCAGGCGGAAAUGCUGAAGAAGGUCCUCAGGGAUAACCAGGAGUACUUUCCUGUGGUCUUCCCCCAAGCCUCGCAGAGCCUGCAGCUGGUCUGUGGCGUGGAGGUGAAGGAGGUGGACCCCAGGGAGCACACCUACGUCAUGGUCCCCAUCCUGGGCCUCACCUGUGAUGAGAUGCUGAGCAGUGGGCGGAGCAUGCCCAAAGCUGGCCUCCUGGCAGUGGUCCUCAGCCUGAUCAUGUGGGGUGGAGACCGUGCCCCUGAGGAGAAGGUCUGGGGAGCACUCAGCAAAUUGGGUAUGUCAGGGGGGAGUGUGCACUGUGUCUUUGGGGAGCCCAGGACCCUUCUGACCCACGUGUGGGUGCAGCAGGGGUACCUGGAGUACCGGCAGGUGCCUUACAGCCACCCUGCUCGCUAUGAGUUCCUGUGGGGUCCCCGGGCCUAUGCGGAGACCAACAAGCGGGAAGUCAUGGCGUUUCUGCUCAAGUUCAAACAAAUGACUUUGAGGGCCUUCCCACGGCAGUCUGCAGAGGCUGCGAGGGAGGAGGAUAAGGAGGCCUGAGCCAGAGCCGCAGCCAGGCUGAUCCUUCCCUCUGUGAUUGACGAGGGAGCGGUCAGCCUUCUCAGAAGUGAGGGCUGGGGCGGUUUGGGGAACUGGUGUAUAACAUCUUUGGGUUCCUGUUGUCUACAAUUACAAUGACAUGGAGAUUCAUCUGUUUUCCUUACAAAAUUUUCAAACUUUGAUUGUUUUCAUAGAAGGCUAAAUAAAUUUCAGUGUCUUAG